AUGUCGACGUCAUCGGGCGCCCCGAGCCCGGCCGCGAUAGCGACGGCUGUUCUGUGCGUCGUCCUGGCCGCCGCGGCGGCGUCAGUCGCGCGCGCCCAGCAGUGCGGGUCGCAGGCCGGCGGCAAACUGUGCCACAACUGCCUCUGCUGCAGCCGCUUCGGCUUCUGCGGCGACACCGACCCGUACUGCGGCGCCGGCUGCGUUACCCCUCCGGGGCCCCGGCCCGUCCCCGGCGACGUGGCGUCCGUGGUGCCGCGGGAUCUCUUCGAGCGUCUCCUCCUCCACCGCAACGACGCCGCGUGCCCCGCGCGCGGGUUCUACACCUACGACGCGUUCAUCGCCGCCGCGGCCGCCUUCCCGGGCUUCGGCACCACGGGCAGCGACGAGCAGCGGAAGCGGGAGGUCGCCGCGUUCCUGGGCCAGACCUCCCACGGGACCACCGGCGGGUGGGCGACCGCCCCCGACGGGCCCUUCUCGUGGGGCUAGUUCUUCAGGCAGGAGCGGAGCCCGCCGUCCGACUACUGCGACCCCCGGCCUGAGUGGCCGUGCGCGCCGGGCAAGAAGUACUUCGGCCGCGGCAAGAAAACCAUCCAUUUCAACUACAACUACGGGCCGGCGGGGCGAGUCAUCGGCGUGGACCUCCUCAACAACCCGGACCUCGAGGCGACGGACGCCGUGGUGUCCUUUAAGAUGGCGCUGUGGUUCUGGAUGACGCCGCGGGACAACAAGCCGUCGUGCCACGCCGUGAUCACGGGGCAGUGGACGCCCACGGACGCCGACAGGGCGGCCGGCCGGGGCGCGCCGGGCUACGGCGUCAUCACCAACAUCAUCAACGGCGGGCUCGAGUGCGGGCGCGGCCCGGACCUCCGCGUCGCCGACCGGAUCGGAUUCUACAAGCGCUACUGCCACGCCUUCCGCAUCGGCUACGGGAGCGACCUCGACUGCGACGGCCAGAGGCCGUUCAACGCCGCCGUGGCUGCCGGCCUGGCGGCGCAGUGAGUACACUGUACACGUUGCUGCGCGCCUCGAUCGGCGAGGGGACUGCUACUCGUGUAGUCGUGGUAGAUCGUCAAUGUGAUCACCCAAUAAAAUCGAGGAUUUACUGUGUGGGUGUGUUUUUGCACCGAUCUGCAAAGGCAUGGAUUCCUCAGUUUGAAUAAUGUUCAUGUAAAAUUUUGUGCUGGAUAAUAAAGAACUUGUGCUGGAUGCAAGGUC